GUUGGGGGAAGAACCGAAGAGGCAGUGCCGUAAAGGCAAAAGAAACAAGAAACACGGCCCGAGUCUAGUCGACCACGCCCCGCGUCCGUCUUCCCCCCCAAAACUUCAGCAAAAGCAAACGAAGUCUUCUCAGAUUAAUUCUCGCGUCGUGUCAGACCACGCUGCCGCGGGGGAUCUGCCGGGUGGCGAGGCUGCGGAGAUGUCGGACGCGCUGAUCAACGGCGUCGCCGGCGCCGGCGGCGGGAUCAUCGCCCAGCUCCUCACCUACCCGCUCCAAACCGUGAACGCGCGGCAGCAGACGGAGCGCGACCCCUCCAAGCCGGCGUUCAAGGACGGCGCCGUCCGCCAGAUGUGCCUGGUGGUGAAGCAUGAAGGGUGGGAGCGGCUGUACGGCGGCCUCAUGCCCUCGCUUGUUGGCACUGCGGCCUCCCAGGGUGUCUACUAUUACUUCUACCAGAUAUUCCGGAGCAGGGCGGAGGCCGCGGCUCUCCAGCGAUCCAGGAGAGGAAUCGGCGAUGGAUCCGUCGGGAUGCUCCAAUCCCUCACUGUCGCUGCGCUUUCUGGAUGUGUUAAUGUACUUCUCACAAACCCAAUUUGGGUAAUUGUUACACGAAUGCAAACUCACCGGAAGGCAAACAAACAGCAGAGUCCUCUGGAUUUGACGUGUGUUCUUGACAAGGCCCUACAAGCUCCCGCUGUUGAAAACAUACCUCACAAGACUAUCCAUGUUAUUCAGGACCUUUACAAAGAAGCUGGAUUUUUGGGCUUCUGGAAAGGUGUAGUUCCAGCUCUUAUUAUGGUUAGCAACCCUGCAAUCCAAUUCAUGUUGUACGAGACUCUUUUGAAGAAGUUGAAAAAGAGACGUGCCUCUAAUUUGAAGGGAGCUGAUGGACUGACUGCUCUUGAAAUUUUCCUUCUUGGUGCUGUUGCCAAACUGGGUGCGACUGUUGUUACAUAUCCUCUUCUAGUUGUGAAGGCAAGACUUCAGGUGAAGCAAAUAAUUGAUGAUGACAAGAGGCACCGCUACAAAGGCACAUUUGAUGCGAUCACAAAGAUGAUACGUUAUGAAGGUUUGUCAGGGCUUUAUAAAGGAAUGAGCACAAAAAUCGUACAAAGUGUUUUUGCUUCUGCUCUCCUUUUUAUGAUUAAGGAGGAACUGGUGAAGGGCGCUCGAUUAUUGGUAACCGGCAACACCAGCCUUGUUAAGAAGUUACCAUCGAAGCCAUUAAGAUGAUCUAGGUUGUACAAGAGUUAGUUCCCUACUUAUACCACAAUUGUUUCCAUAAAGCGAUGGACAGAGUUGCCAAGCGCCCCUGUUAGGAGAUAUCAAGUUAUCUGUGAGACUCUGAUCGACUGUAGGCUCUCCAAAAAAAGGAGAUUAAAGAUGUAGUACAAUUACCACUGUGAUUCUUGUAGGAACCAAUAAUGAUGGUAUAUAUUGGGUAGGCUAUCUCUGUUGCUCGUGUAAAGUAUACUGUUAUGGAAGAUUGAAACACUAGAAAAUAAGUUGGCAAUGAGAAUCGCAAGCGCUAGUCAUCUGUUCAGAUUA